AUGGCUGACGCGCCGACCGACCCCGCAAAGCCCACCGAGAACCCCGCCGCCGCCGCUGCCCCCGCCGGCGAGGAGGGUGGUGAGAAGCAGUCCAAGAAGGGAGCAAAGAAGGCCGAGGCCAAGGCGAAGAAGGAGGCCGAGAAGGCCCGCAAGGCUGCCGAGCGCCAGGCCGCCGAGGCCGCCGCGAAGGCUGCCGGCGGCGCUGGAGGCGAGGACCUGGCCAAGGACAACUACGGCGACGUCACCCACAAGACCAAGGUCGAGGCCGAGCGCGUCAACCUGCGCGACGUCGGCGACGAGCACAUCGGCAAGAGCAUCAAGUUGCGCGGAUGGGUCCAGAACUCGCGCAUGCAGGGCGCCAAGAUGUGCUUCGUGGAAUUGAGACAGAGCGGAAGCGGCAACUGGGCGAUCCAGGGUGUCGUUGCUGCCAGCGCCGAGGGCAAGCCCGUGUCGAAGCAGAUGGUCAAGUGGAUUGGCGGCGUCAACCUGGAGUCCUACGUCCUCGUCGAGGCGACGGUUCAGAAGCCCCUCGAGCCCGUCAAGAGCUGCAGGGUCAGCAACUACGAGCUUCACAUCACCAAGCUCUACGUCAUCUCCGCGGCUCCUGAGGCCUUGGGCAUGUCGCUUGCUGUCUCCAACCGCGCCAUCUCCAGCUUCGACGACGAAGACCCCAACGCUCCUGAGGCUGAGAAGGCCGUUGACGAUGUCAAGGCUGGUGUCGAGGGCGUCAGCAUCGACAACACCCCCAGCGCGAGCUUGUCUACGCAUCUCAACAACCCGGUCAUGCAUAAGCGUGCACCUGUUCAGCAGGCCAUUGCUGAUGUCCGCAUGCAAACCCGCAAGCUCUUCGCCGAGUACCUCGAGUCCCAGGGCUUCGUCCAGUUCGAGCCUCCCUGCCUGAUCGGUGCCGCUUCCGAGGGCGGUGCCAACGUCUUCCAGCUCCCAUACUUCGAAAAGAGCGCCUGCCUGGCCCAGUCUCCCCAGUUCUACAAGCAGAUUGAGAUUGCAGGCGGUAGGGGUCGCGUUUUCAGCUGCUUCCCCGUUUUCAGAGCAGAGAACUCCAACACACCCAGACACUUGACCGAGUUCACCGGUCUCGAUCUGGAGAUGGAGAUCGAGGAGAACUACCACGAGGUCCGGGACAUGCUCGAGAACGUUCUCAUGUACAUCUUCCGCGGCCUUAAGGAGCGCUGCGCCGAGGCCAUCGAGACCGUCCGCGCCGUCUACCCCUCCGAGGACUUCCUCCUCCCCGAGCCCGGCAAGGAGGUCCGCCUCACCUUCGCCGAGGGACAGAAGCUUCUCCGCGAGGAGGGCCCCGAGGAGUUCCGCAACGUCUCCGACGACGAGGACAUGUCGACCCCCCAGGAGAAGGCGCUCGGUGCUCUGAUCCGCAAGAAGUUCAACACCGACUUCUACGUCCUCGACAAGUUCCCCGAGGGCGCUCGUCCCUUCUACACCCUCGAGGACCCCGAGAACCCCAAGGUCACCAACGGCUACGACUUCAUGAUGAGAGGACAGGAGAUCCUCAGCGGUGGACAGCGUAUCCACAUCCCCAGCGUGCUCGAGGCCCGCAUUCGCAAGAAGGGCAUCGACCCCAACAGCCCGGGUAUCAAGGAGUACGUCGACAUCUUCCGCAGCGCCGGUGUCCCGCCCCACGGCGGUGGUGGUAUCGGUCUUGACCGCGUUGUCGCUUGGUACCUCAACCUGCCCUCCGUUCACCUGGCGAGCUACUACCCCCGUACCCCCAAGAGACUUGUGCCUUAG